UUUUAUUUUACUAAUACAUUUUCCGGAUUGUAUUUGUAUUUUCCGGAAUUAUUUUACUUGUAUUUUUGUUUACCGGAUUAUAUUGUAUUUUUUCCGGAUUGUAUUUUUCCAUUUAAUUCUCUAGUUGUAUUUUCAGGAAUUGUAUUUGUAUUUCUCAUGUUUUCCGGAUUAUAUUUUUACGUUCAAUUUUUAUUUUUCCGGAAUUAUUUGUGUUUUUUUUUAUUUUCCGGAAUUAUUUGUAUUUUCCGUUUUAUUUUGUAUUUUCUAACUUUAUUGUUUGUAUUUUCCGGAAUAGUUCUUAUUUAA